GGUGACGUCACGUCUGUCGUGUUGACGGACCGUCAUUGGCUGGUAUGUAAACCGGGUUUGAAUAUCGUGUGGUUUACACAUCGAUCUCACCAAGCUGAGAGUUGAUAAAGACAAGGCGAGAAGUUAGAAUCUGGAGUCGGUCCGAAUCAAGGCCUACGGAACAAGUCAUUCACGUUUCUCCAGAUUUAGGAACACACAUCGUAUAUAAUCAGCUUUGAUCAGGAAGAGAGUUGUUGGAUACCAAAUCAGCUAUGUCAGCCAAAACCUUUAAUAUCGCCAUUGUGGUAUUCUCUCUGGUGUUGGUGUGGACCUGCUCGGGUCAACCCAGCCUUGGAGAGACACAGAGAGGCCAGGUGUUGCAGCAAGGUAUGGAAGCUCUGGCUAGUGACAACACCACCAACAUCACGUCAUGGGGGAAUGUUCUGGCAACUUCGGAAAACGAGACUGUUCUGGGAAUCUCGGGAAAUGAGACUGUUCUGACAACCUCCGGAAACGAGACCACCGUAGCGACGGAUAUUCGGAACAUCCUGAGGGCUGCCAUCGAAACCUUAUCAUCACGAGGGCUCGAUGUAGGUCUGGAAGCCAACUCUGAGGGUGAAGAAGGUGCUGUCUUUGACAGCCUGGACGUUUCUGAUAUAUCAGAGAGAGUGUAUAUAUCAGAGACGGGAGAGGUGCGUAACUCUUCAGAAUCGGACAGAAACGUAACGUCAGACCUCGUAUCCACCCAGAAUCCAACGUCAUUGUCAUCUACUUCCGGUUUACCAGAAUCGACCGUAAAUCGUCGCUCGUCGGAACCGGAUGCGAGUUCAACGCCCCACCAACCCGAUUUGGAGGUGUCCGAUUCUACUCCAUCACACCCAGACGCUGCCCCACCCCCAGGGGAAGGUGAGGAGCCCGGACAAGAUACGAAUCCUAAGGUCGAGCACGUGGAGGAGCCGGUGGAAGCAAGCACUGAUGGUGAGGGUGAUGGUAGUGGGAAUCUGCCACUGGUUCUCGGAGUCUGCAUCGUGGUCAUCUUCGUGGGUGGAGUGACAGGGGCGGCCAUUAGCUCUUGGUGUAGACGUAGGAAGAUGGCCGCCAAGGACACAGUGUCUGAGAGCAGCAGUAACAGUGAAAUCGAACUAGAGAGGGGUUUGGAUAAUCCUGUGUUCUCUAAGAGCACGAGUAAUCUGACAUUGGUAGCCAGUGCUUUCCCACCAAACUCCAGACUUUACAAAGAAAUGCGCUACGCAUCACCCACAAUGCCUCUGUACUGAAACAGUCAGUCAGAGUCAUGUUGAACUAUCUGUGAUCAUAAUGGUGGGAUAAGUGCCUGGCAGUCUGAGUGCUCUUUCUUUGAGCGCUCGCUGUUGCAACGUUUGUCCGGAUAAAAUAAGCCAAUGCGAGCUGCGUAUUGAAGUUCCCAAAAGUACAAGCAAGCAGCAGUCAGCUUUGACUGACCAAUGGGAGCACCACUUGCUUAAGGUUAGGUCAUGACUGACCAGUGAGAGUAUCACUGGCUUGACGUUGUCAUGAAGGUUAUUAUCUUUCUCAGGCAGAACAUUCCUCGUGAACAACUAUUAGUGGUGGCCAUCACGCACAAAGAGAACAAAGGCGACGUUCUCAGAAGUAUGCCUUUUGCUGGGACAAAGGGGUGCCACACAUCAGCGAUAAAAUGGAAAAAAAGGCGGGACCUGAAAGAUAGCUUGGUUAUUGCCAAGAAAAGCUGUACCUGGUCGUGAAAAAGAACUUUUUAAGGCCAGACGCGCUAUUGAUUGUUAUUGUAAAGAAACAGGACUAUUGACUCUCCCCAUCAUGUAUUAUAAAACCAUAGAGCUUUCAUUCAAAUCAUACACUACAAACAGUUGUACAUAUAUUGUACAUAGGUCAUGAAAAAUUGAAUUCAUAUUUUGUACAAAGUUUUUGAGAUCAUGUAAAAUACUCAGUGAAUAUCCGAUCAGGAGGUAUAGCACCAUGUACAUAUGCAAACAUUUCUCCUUCAUUUGUUCAUAGGCAACAUGGGACGCGGACUAAAAAUUAUACAUAAUAGUUUAAAAACAG